AUGCAUAAAAGUGGUUCCAACGAUUUCAACGUUUUAUCUACCGCGUGCUACCAAUUCAAACUGACCAACAACGGUAAACCAUUUGGUCACCAAAAAGCGUGGGAAGUGUGCCGUCAAGGUCCAAAAUGGGUCCUUAAUCCAGAGACAUCGCAUUCAGACCCGACCACCGGCUCCAACAAAAGAACAAGAACUUCUGAAUUGGACGCGGGUUUUAGGCUAGACCUCAAUGAUGACGUUGAUGGUGCCGAGGAAGAGGGUCCGCCUGAAGUCCAACUCCGUCGACCACCGAGUAGGGACAAAGCAAAACGGGCGGCGUCUUCAAGCGGGAAAGCAACCGCAACUAGCGACGACGGGCUUGUGGAAUCCAUAGAUAAAACUUUAAGUUUUCUAGAAAAAAAAUACCAAUCAGCAGAGGAAGGUCGUCGCCAAAAACUCGCUCUCACUGAUCUUCAAAUCAUAAACACCAAACCUCAACCAGAUCUCGACCUUGAAAAUCUAGCCACAUUUCUGAAAAUCCAACAACGUGUCCGUGCUAAAUAUGACGAUUAG